CAAUGUCCUUGAAUUAAUGAACACAUCGUGAGUCUCAGUCACGCUGAUUUUAGUAUAAAUACGACGCCAAACGUGUGGAAAAUCGUUUCAUGAUCUUUUUAUCGGAGACAACACGUUCACCAUGUCAAACCAAAGCCGAGUUUUCGUGUGGACCAUGCUGGUAUCUUCUUUGUGUCAUCCAAUACAACCAUUUCUUCUGUCUGGAGGCGCUGUUUGUUUCGGAAUAUGCAACUGCGUUGAAGAGAUGUUGUGGAACCCCUACAUAUUCGAAACCGAAGUGAAACUGGUACGAUGCGAUGAGAGGAACCUCAGAUCUAUACCAACCUUUGCUAUUCAGAAUCUUCCUACUGGAUUCUACCCCGGUGGAAAAAACUUUUCCGUUGACUUGCAUCGCAAUUAUAUACAAACUGUUCCUGAUAAAGCGUUUGGAGACCUUCCAAAGCUGUCCAGCGUUGACGUAUUUGGAAUAAGUCUAUAUGAUAAUAGAAUAUCUUCCGUAAGCGAUACGGCAUUUCUUGGUCUUGAAAAUACAAGAGUUGUUUUAGAUCUCGGACAAAAUAUGUUGACGACAAUCCCUCAAGCACUGCGUAUUCUAAGAAAUAUCGAAGUGUUACAAAUAGAAGACAAUCAGAUUAUGACCUUAGAUGUUUCCAUGAUUCAACACAUCAGUCCCUUGUUAGAAUUCAGUUUAAAUUUGACUUUGUAUAAUAGCUGGCCAGUAGAACUCAAUAAUCUCCAUGUAGAAUACCUUUGGUUAAAUGGUUACUCUGGAAAUUCGUUUCAGAAUUUCGAUGUCCAUGGCAUCGGUCAACGUGGGUUUGAGUUAGAACUUAUAGGGACGGACAUUGUAGAUCUAAGUGGGGUGAUUUGUAACAACCAAAUAAACUUAUCUAAGCUUUGGGUUUAUGAAAAUUACAACGUAGAUAUUAGACCUUUUGAAAGGUGCAGCCAAGGAAAUGUGAUGCAAAAUAUUAAAGUUUUGCGGCUUAGUGACUUUGACAUUUCAAUGAUCCCCAACUUCGUCCACACAUUGUCCAACCUAGAAGCGCUCUCUCUCGAAUUUAAUAAUAUCACCGAAAUAACUGCAAACGACUUUCGGGGACUCACAGAGCUAACAUUUUUGGCUCUUAAUAACAACCGAAUCACAACAAUACAUUCACAUGCAUUCGACACCAACACAAAACUUCGCACGCUUAGCCUCUUGAAAAACAUGUUGACGAAUAUUCCAAAUAGUGUCGCUAAUUUAAAUCUUGAAUAUUUGGAAAUGGAUGCUAUCGAUUGCACAUGCGCCAGUUUGCAAAAUCUGAAACGAGUUAAUGCAACAUUUGCCUAUGACGUUCCUUGCCUUGGCAACACGCGGUUUGUCAAAGACGCCCUCGCUGCCUGUCCCUAAUAAAAUUGUUCAGCUAAAUCAUUCUAGUCGUACUUGUUUAAUUUUAUCCAUCGAUAUUGAUAUAACACUUGGAAAUUCUUAACUACAUUUUUUCAAAUACAAACGCGGAUAGUUGAUGAGAUUGUGAAGAUUUUCUUUACGCAUUUUUUAAUUGUGUCUAUGUUGUAUUACCACUCUGCCUUGUCUCUAUGUAAAACGUUAAACAUAACGUAUAAAUAAAUAUAGUUUGUUUUGCUUUGUUUCAUGCAAAUAUGAUUGUUUAUAUUUUAAGUUAUCAUAUUAAUGUAAUGGGUAUGUGAAUGUUGUGCAUGCCAAAAUGAAUAAUUGAUUAGAUAUGUAUUUUAAUCGGGAUAUGUAUAAAUUGUACUUAAAUGCGCGUAGCUGUCCAAAAGUGUAAUGUGUUAUGUUGAUUCAAUGUUUACUCUUAUUGAACAUGUGACGGUGUAUGGAGUUUUAUAUUUCAUAAUGUGUACAUUUUGUUUUUGUUUUUGUAAUUUUUACUGUUGAGCGUUAGUGGAUUUGCAGAUGUACAAUAUUUAGAUGUCAUUUAAAAGCUGUCUUCCUAUUUUUAUUGUUACAGCGUAUGUGCAUAAUAUUUUAAUACACUUUUUGAUUGUUAAAAUAGUUGUAUACGAUUGCCCACCACAUGCCAAGUUGCUUAAGGUUGACAAGGUGACUUAACUGUUUUCCAACCGUUGGGCAUAAUAUUUUUCACAAGAAAUUUACCGAAUAAUAAAUGUACUUCUUUCCGAAUGUAGACCCUAACAUAUCAAGUACAUAACCAUUUAAUUUUAGAAUUCUACCAUAUAUUUGAAAACCGCUGUGUGCAUAUGCUCAUGAAAUGCAGGUUCCGUUGAUCAAUUAGUCAAACAGCAAACUCACAGACACUCAAGUUUUCAUGAGAAUAUUAAUGCAAAUACAUUUUGAAAUAUCAGUUUACCGGUAUUGAGCUUAUAAUGAUAAUGAAUUUCCAAAGCCAAUUUGAGCACAAUAUGUACACUCUUUGCUGAUCAUGAACAAACACUUAACAAAGCAUUGCGACUUAUUUAAAUACAUUCAACUAAACCAAAAUGCCAAGAAGCAGAUAACAAUAUGUUUGUGUAUUGAAAAUGUCUACAAACCGUGGGUUAAAGCCAACUCUAAAAGUAACAAAAUCAUCAAAAGUUCGCUUCAUUUCGCAUAUUGUAUAACGUUACAAUUGUGUUAUGAUAAUCUACAAAACUACGUUGCUUUAGCAGGCGUUUUUAAAUGAUUAAAAGCUAUUUGUUGAGUUGAAUGAAAUAACGUAGGUUCUUUUAAUGGUGGUCAUAAACAACUAGUUAAAUUAUAAUUUAUUUGCUUAUUCGACACUACUGCUACAUUAAGCACGUUUAAUAAUGGUUAUGUAAGCACAUUGUAUUCUCUCAUUUACGAAAUAAUGGAAGACUGUCAAAUGUAUCAUGUCGAUGAGGAUCGAUGUCGAUUGUGAAGGCUAAUCAAUAUGUACUACCAGUACACAAAUCAACUAUGUUGCGGGAUACAGCCUGUGGCUGUCAAUUUAUUACUUAAAGUGUUAAAAUAACGUACAUUUGAUCCGAUGACUGAAUGCUGAACAUAAGCACAUGUGCCGUGUCAUUAUCAGUUUGAUGUAAGUGUAUAAAUAAACAUCUCAGUGUUAAAUGGCUAAUAUUGAUGAAACAAAUACAUUUUUUAUUUAGUUAUAACCGUUUCAAUUGCAUAGCGUAUUAUUCUUCAUUAACUCUCAGAAUGAUACUUCAAUUAUACAUGGUGAUGUAUAAUUCUAAAGAUGUAUAAUUUUACAAGGGAAAGGUAAUUGCAUUUUAAGAACACCUUCCCCUGAGUCCCGUGUUCCCAUUAGUAUUACCCCUUAGACCGACAUGACGUUUGAAACAGCGGCGGCUGCUUAAAUAUCCACUAUGUUUAGCUGUUAAAGUCACCUUAUAUUAUAAAAUGAUAACAUUAGUAAUGCCGAAAUUGAAAGACUGAUCAGGACAAAAGGAGAAUAUAUAAAAAUGUUUAAAUUGUUUUGAAUGUGCAAGAUGUCUAAUACAUAAUUUCCAAUUCGUUCAAUAAAGAACAAAGACUAUAUUAGACAUGUUCCAAAAAUACCUUCGUUAAACCGGAUCGGCGUCCUCUAUCCCAAAGUAACCAGUUUUUUCUUGCAAAGCGCCUUCAGUGCAUUUAAAAAUAAAUCCAUUAUCUUUUACGUAACGACGUAACGUCGUUGACACAAUGUUCUUGGUGUGUCUUAUGGGACUCUGCUGUGACCUUAACUUUUGAACUUCGUUUCCACGACCAAACAGCUUGUACGUUGCGUGCAUACCGAUGUUGUUUUUAUGCAGAAAGUUUUAUAAUAUAUCCGCUCAUUAAAUUGUCAAGACGGUAUUUGAAUAUGUAUUAGUAAAAAGUUGUAUAUACAACACAGUAAUGGUCAAGGUAGCAAAAAGCCAAGACUUCAAACAUUACCUUUAUCGGUUAGUUUUUGCAGACUUGCACUAAUACUUAAUCACUUAAUACAUUGACCAUACCCUAUGCUUAUAAACAUCAACAUAAAAUUUCAAAUAAAUCAACUAUUAAUUAGAUUUAACUUAGUACUUCAUCAUAGUGUGUUGUUCUGUUGCGUAAGAUGUCAAGAAGACGUCAUUGCUCUAUUUUUGACGAAACGUAGCGUAUAAUUUAAUGUUAAUGUACCAAGUAGCUGUUAUUAGGCCAAGUUGGAUGGAAUGGCCCUUAAAAUAUGAAAUAUGUGUUACGAAAACGCAUGGAAGUAAA